AUGCGGCCGCUGUAUGAGGCUUUGAAGGCUACGACCCCCAUCCAGGCGAUCGACUGGACAGCAGAAGCUGAGUCUGCUUUCACGGAGGUCAAGACUGCGUUUGCUCAGGCGGCCCUGUUGGCACACCCAUCAUCCACGGCUCCCAUCUCCAUUACCACAGACGCAUCGGACUAUGCCGUUGGUGCAGUGCACGAACAGUGGGUGGAGGGCGCUUGGCAGCCACUCGCCUUUUUCAGCUACCAGCUAACACCCAGAGAACGCAAUAAUAUCGAGUCGAGCAAAGGAAAGGUAAAGACUGUUGCAAAUGCUUUAGUGGAUAUGGAUAAAGAUGAUUCACGGGAGGAGGAUAUUGGGGCCGGUGAGCCUGAAGGCACCCUGGCUAUUGUUCCUGUGAAGGUGAAAACAAAACAGGGUAAUACCAUCAUAACAACAUACGCCUUUCUGGACCCAGGUAGUACGGCUACCUUUUGCACAGAGUCCAUUCUACAGCAGCUUCAAGUGACUGGACGCAACACGAAGAUACUCUUACGAACAAUGAAUAAAGAGGAGUCAGUUAAAACAUCUGUUGCAUGUGACCUUGAAAUAUGUGGUCUAGAAAGUAACCAGUAUGUAGCACUUCCACCUGUUUAUUCACAAAAGAAAAUACCAGUACGAAAGGCAAAUAUUCCCUCUCAGGAGGAUGUGGGACAAUGGGAAUACCUGAAAGAGGUCAAUAUACCACAAAUUGAUGCAGAGGUUGGCUUGCUAAUUGGGUGCAACGUGCCAAAAGCUCUAGAGCCAUGCAAAGUCAUAAACAGCCAAGGGAAUGGCCCGUACGCUGUUAAGACCAUUUUAGGUUGGACAAUAAAUGGACCUCUAGGAAGGUCAGAUACGACUCGUUGGAUUAAGCCAGUCGUUACAGCAAACAGAAUUUCUGUUGUGGAAAUCGAGGAAUUGUUGAAGCAGCAAGUGAAGCUGGACUUUCCAGAACAUCAACACAAGGAGCGUCUGGAAAUGUCAAGAGAGGAUCACAAGUUCAUGGAAAGUGUCUCUAAUUCUGUCAAGUUAGUAGACGGACACUACAGUAUUGGACUGCCAUUAAAGGAAAAAGGACUUGAUUUUCCCAAUAAUAGACGUGUUGCUGAACAAAAAGACAAGGCAAAUCAAAGCAAAAGGAGCUGGUAUAUUCCACACCACGGCGUGUACCAUCCAAAAAAGCGUAAACUGAGGGUGGUUUUUGAUUGCGGUGCAACUUACCAGGGCACAUCUCUGAAUGCUCGUCUUCUCCAAGGCCCAGAUUUAACCAACAGUCUUAUUGGUGUCCUUACAAGAUUCCGGCAGAAGAACAUUGCAUUCAUGGCAGAUAUUGAAGCCAUGUUCCAUCAGGUCAAGGUGCCAGAGGAAGACUCAGAUCUUCUCACAUUCUUGUGGUGGCCCGAUGGAGAUCUCAGUAGUGAGCUAGAAGAGUACCAAAUGGUUGUACACAUCUUUGGAGCAACAUCCUCGCCUAGUUGUGCCAACUUUGCCCUACAACAGUGUGCAAGAGACAAUGUGGAUGACUUUAGCCCAGAGGCUGUCUCUUCGAUGCUAAGAAAUUUUUAUGUGGACCAUUGCCUAAAAUCAAUGGAAGACGAGAGGAAGGCAGUGAUAAUCGCUCACGAACUUAAAACCCUGUGCAGAAACUCAGUGGUGUAA